UGACUGACAAGAAAGACAUUUGGAAAAGUCGGUACUAUCUUAUCCUUAGAACUUAUAUGACUAUAUCGGGUAUAUGGCCGUACAGUAGACUUGGCGUCAGAUACAUACGCUUUAUACCGACGUUUAUAUUCUGCAGUAGUAUUCUGAUACCCCAGUUACUGUACGUGAUAGUUUCCAAGGAUAUCACUAAUAUAAUAGAGAGUGUAACAGCAGCGAUGAUCAGUAUAAUAUUCAGCUAUAAAGUAGCGAGCAUAAUGUUUAACAAAAAUAUAAAGUCUUGUCUUAAGACAAUAGAGGAGGAUUGGUUGUCAUUGAAUACAGAUACGGAAAAAUCUAUUCUGCAACGCCACACCGAAUACGGACAAUAUCUAACGACGUCUUAUGCAGUUUUCAUGCAUAUGACACAAGUUUUUUACUUGGUCAAGCCAGUCGUCCUGACGCUCUUAGAAACCGAUGUCGCGAAUUCUACGAAGACGUCUAUAUCGAAGUUGCCGUUUCGCGUCGAGUACGGUGUAGACAUAGAUCGAUACUUCUAUCCAAUAACGAUUCACUGUUACCUAGCCGUAUUCGCUCACGUGUUUAGUACAAUCGCGGUUGACUCUUUAUAUUGCACAUUGAUCCAGCAUGCUUGUGGGAUGUUCUCCAUUAUUGGACACGUGCUAGAGGAAAUUGGUAAAAAUAAUGACGCUAAUUUUCGUCUGACGCUAAACAAGAGAGAAGACAGUGAUUACAAGACGGCAUUGAGUUGCUUACGUAAACAUCUGCAAACAAUAGAAUUCGCGGAACUAAUCGAGUCUACGUUUACAAAAAUAUUUCUUAUCAGCGUUAAUCUAAAUAUGAUCGGUGGAAGUAUAACCGGUAUACAGAUGGUGAUGAAUUUAAACAAAGGUGUUAGAGACGCAGCAGCGCCUAUGGCUAUUUAUAUUGCGCAACUUGUUCAUAUCUUUCUACAAUUCUGGCAGGCACAGUUUCUGUUAGAUUACAGUAUUAUUCCAUGCGAAUCCAUCUGCAGAGGAAACUGGUACUAUACUUCGAAGAGAUGUCAAAGGCUUUUUCUUUUAAUUAUGACUAGAACUAUAACGCCGUGCAGAAUAACUGCCGGUAAAAUCGUAACUUUAUCAAUCGAAAGCUUCGGUGCGGUUCUGAAAACGAUGAUGUCUUAUUUUACGGUGCUACGUUCCUUCCAGUGAUGAUACUAUCAUAUCGAAGUAACCAUACAUACAUAAUUAACAAUACGCCGUUAGCAGAAUAAAAUUGUGUAUAAAAUUUUUCUUCGUAUC